UCUUUCCACUCGUUUCACUCUCCUUCGGGCAGCGUGCAGUACGCAACGGUAAAUGUGAUUUGAAUUUAUUCAUUCAAAUAAAUAAAUAAGCAAAUACUAAAUACUUUGCAAGCCAAGCAAAAACAAAAGUGAGUGAGUGCAAUAGCAAAAUCUUAAAAGUCUGAGCGCGCACGAUUAAGGCUAAAACAGAAAAUCUAGCAAAAAAAAGGUUAAGAACCAGAGGAAAACAAAAUCUAUAUACAAAAUCCAUCAUAAAACCACAAAAAUCUCCUCAAACAUCGCGUGUGUGCCUGAGUGUUUGAUUGUGUGUGUGCGAUCUGUCGGCCUUUUAUUUUUCGGUUUGUUUCGUUUCGCGUCUUAUAAGUAUAAGCCGAGCUAAAACCGAUCCCGUCUCUCUUCUCGAGUUGUUCCUUUCGGUUUUGUCUUUGUCCCGGCACGUAAUCCCUCUCUCUCCCCCUAAUCAACCUGCUGAUCCCACCGGAGGGUUAAAACAUAUAUACCUUAGUGUACUACAGAGUGAGAGAGAGAUAGAGAGAGCGCGCGAGAGAUAGUUAUCGGUGCUCCCGACUUCAUCAAGAUUGUGCGCCUAAUUUGAAGCUGUAAUUAAUUUGGAUACCCUAAUAAAAACCCAACCGAAAGACGGAAUCCAGAAUCCAGAACCCUAAAAUCAAGAACCCAGAAGCCCCCGCCUUCCCGUUCUCGAGGGGCGCUAUUUUAUUGCCCCGCACCGAUGCCUGCGCAAUAUGGAAUUGGCGAUUUGUAAAACAGAUCUGUCUGCCACGAAAUUUAUGCUGCCGCCCGCUCUGCCCCCAUCUGCGGCCAUUGGACCAUCAUCAGCGGUCUCUGCAACGGCAUCGCAUUCAUCAGCCGCCGCCCAGUUUGCAUUCCACCUGAACGCCAUCAACGAAACUUUGUUCAAAUCGCCCGGCAGCAGCCAUCUCAAUUCAGUCGGCACUCCAUCGAUCCUGGGCCACUUCAACAGCAGUAACAAUAGCAGCAAUAACUCGGGCCAAGUCAGCACCAUGAGGCUCAAGAAGAACCGCAAAGUCACAUUUCUAGCCAGCCUAGUUGAGUCCAAAAAUAUUUUCAUAAAGGAGGAGCCGAUCCAUGGCUGCUGUUUAUCGGAUAUUUCAGAUCAUGAGGCGUCUUUGGACGUACCCACCACCUUGCCACCCCUCACGCCGGGUACCAAUCGCAAGGUCAACGAGCUACUGAAGGCCUCCUUCGCCUCCUGGGAAAAAGAGGUCCAAAACCGCAACAUAACCAAAGAUCCCCGUGAAUGGACGGAGGAGCAUGUCAUCUACUGGCUCAACUGGGCCCUCAAUGAGUUCUCGCUGCCCUCCAUGAACAUGGACCCCUUCUACAAGAUGAGGGGCCGUCCCAUAGUCGAUCUGGGCAAGGAGAAGUUCCUGGCCAUCACGCCGCCCUUCACCGGCGACAUUCUGUGGGAGCACCUGGACAUCCUGCAGAAAGAUUGCGAGAAACCAAAUGAGGAUAUUGUGCACGGCAAUUCCUUUGAGUCGGCCACCACUGCCUCGGUCUGUGGAUCGGACCACCAGGUGGCCAAUUACCCCACCGAGCCACCCGCCAACAGCAACAACAGCAGCAUCAACAGCCGCCUGUCCAUGGAUUAUGCUGCGUCGGCGGGGAACAGUGAUAACAAAAACUUCCACCCAGCCACACCCCACUCCCACAACGGCUACAACACCAGCAACACACACGACCGCAGCAACAACAGCCCGCCCCCGCAGCAGCAGCAAUCGCAGCAGUCGACUGUCAAUGGCAGCGGCGGAGGCAGCGCCAGCAGCAGCAGCAACAACAACAACUCCAUGCUACCGCCCGCUGUCCAGCAGAACAACAGCAACAACAACGAAAACAACAACACCAGCAGCAGCACCACGAACAGCAGCAACAACACCAGCGGCAGCAACAAUGCGAAUGCGGGCAGCAAUAACAACAAUAAUAACAAUAAUAAUAUCAACUAUAUGGCUACCAUGGCGGCAAUCUACCAACAUCAGCUUAAAGAGGAGCCUGGCACCCAGAAUGGGAGCAUUGGAUAUGGCGGAAGUAAUAGCCAGAACGAUCCCACGGAUCUGAGUAGUUAUGGCUUACCCGCUCACCUGGCCGCCUACAGCGGUGUGAGUGGCAGUGGGCCAUCGGGUGGCGGGAGUUCGGGAGGUGGUGGCGAUGAUAGCGAUUACCACAACACGAUCUCGGCGCAGGAUCACCAGAGUCAGCCAUCGAGUGGAGGAGGGAACGGGAGUGGAGGUGCAAGUGGCGGGAGCACCGGGAACAGCAAUGGCUACCUGGACAGCAACGCGGAGUACUAUGCCAUGGGCAGGGGUCGCUUUCACAAUGGAUAUUCGCCGGAAUUUUCAUUCGAUGCGCAGUCCUUCCAGUCGAUGGGUGCUCAGCCGACGGCCAUGGAUCAGUGGGGCAGCCAUGGUCAUCAGCAUCCGGCGGCGUACAUGAGCACCUUGGGCCUGGACAAGGGCCUGCUGGGUGGCUACACGACGCAGGGCGGAGUGCCGUGUUUCACGGGAUCCGGUCCCAUUCAGUUGUGGCAAUUCCUGCUCGAACUGCUGCUGGACAAGACGUGCCAGAGCUUCAUCUCGUGGACCGGUGAUGGCUGGGAGUUCAAGCUCACAGAUCCCGAUGAGGUCGCUCGUCGCUGGGGCAUCCGCAAGAACAAGCCCAAGAUGAACUACGAGAAACUGAGUCGCGGACUGCGCUACUAUUAUGACAAGAACAUCAUCCACAAGACGGCUGGCAAACGAUAUGUCUACCGCUUUGUCUGUGAUCUCCAGAAUCUAGUUGGGCACACCCCUGAGGAACUGGUGGCCAAGUACGAUCUUAAGAUUGAGAAGAAAGAUGUGGAUUAGCGGCGGAGCAGCGAAGAAGCUGCCUAAAUCGGGAGCAGCUCCCGGAGACCUGCUCCCAGCCACGGAUUGUACUCAACCAACCGCAAAAUACUUUCGAGCGUUAUUGUUUACCAAGCGUGAUGUUAGCUUUUAAGCAGCAGCCUCCGAUCUGCGAUCUUGCUACGAGAUUAAAGUGUUGGCCAACCCACCCACCAUCCCCGAAGUCCCAAAGUCCCGAUCAUCCCACAAAACCCCACCCACCAACCUAUCAAACCGAUUUGCUUGUAAUUAUCGUGUAAAAAUUAGACUUUUGAAUUAAUUUGAAAUUAAUUUAAAAUACUUCAGAGUUAGAAUUAAGACGAUCUAUAGCAUCGUAAAUCAAAGAGAAGAACAGCAAGAGAACCAGUUGAAGAUGAAGCGAAUUAAAUUUGAAAUUCUGUGUGCAAUGCGAUGAUGAUUCUUCGUUCUCACAUAGUCUGUAAAAGAUGUCUGCUGCAAGGAUCGAACGUUGAAAGAGGCCAUAAAGCAUGUGUCCCCAAAGUGAUAUUAGAGCGCAACAUUUUGUUAUACUUACAUAAUCAUUUUACCCGCACGGGGCACCAGAAACAUUUCAA